AUACAUGAAGUAAAAGGUACCUUGUGAUAUUAAAGAACGAGAGAGUCGUGAGCAAGAAACUAGUAGUCAUGUUUUCUGCAAUACUGGCGUCGAUUAGAGCUAUCAUAACCGAAUUUUUCCAUCUGUUCAUCCACGGAGAUUUCCAUGAAGCUGUCGCUAGGAUGACUCUCAUCGACCGUCUUCUCUUCCUCAUUGUUCACUACAUCGAUAAGUUGGGCAUAUGGCAUCGGUUACCGGUCUUCUUAGGUCUCAUCUAUCUUGCUAUUCGACGGCGCCUUCACGAGGAGUACAACUUGUUCAACGUUGGAAGAUCUCCGGUUGGCGUUCGGUUCAACCCCAUGGAUUAUCCGUACAGGACAGCUGAUGGGAAAUACAACGAUCCCUUCAAUGAAGGUGCAGGUAGUGAAGGAACUUUCUUUGGCAGAAAUAUUCUCCCCGUCGAUCAAAAGAGGAAGGUACUAAUGAAACCAGAUCCAAUGGUGGUGGCCACAAAGCUGCUUGCGCGGAGAAAAUUCACAGACACGGGAAAGCAAUUCAACAUGAUAGCAGCCUCUUGGAUUCAGUUUAUGAUACACGAUUGGAUUGAUCAUUUGGAGGAUACCAAGCAGAUUGAGCUGACUGCACCCAAAGAAGUAGUGAGCCAGUGCCCUCUCAAGUCUUUCAAGUUUUACAAGACAAAGGAGGUUCCAACCGGCUUUUACGAGAUCAAGGAGGGUGGCCUGAACAUUCGUACACCAUGGUGGGAUGGUAGCGCCAUAUAUGGAAGCAACGCGGAAAGGUUGCAAAAAGUGAGAACUUUCAAAGAUGGGAAGCUCAAAAUAGACUCGAAAAAUGAUCUUCUUCUCCAUGAUCAAGAUGGCACUCCGGUCUCAGGAGACGUUCGUAAUGGUUGGGCUGGCCUUUCCACGUUGCAAGCCCUCUUCAUUAAAGAACACAAUGCCGUCUGCGACGCUCUCAAGAAGGAAUAUCGACACAUGGAUGAUGAAGAAUUAUAUCAUCGUGCAAGGCUAGUCACAUCGGCAGUGAUUGCUAAGGUCCACACCAUAGAUUGGACUGUGGAGCUCCUCAAAACUGAUACGUUACGUGCAGGGAUGCGUGCCAACUGGUAUGGAUUGUUGGGAAAGAAAUUCAAAGACACAUUUGGUCACGUUGGUGGAGUUGCCUUGGGAGGUCUGGUGGGUCUAAAGAAACCCAUUAAUCAUGGGGUCCCUUACUCAUUGACCGAGGAGUUUGUUAGUGUUUAUCGGAUGCAUUCCAUCCUACCUGAUCAUCUUGACCUUAGGGACAUCUCGGCCGCACCCGGACCGAACAAAUCUCCACCAUUGAUGGAAAAGGUGCCUAUGGCAAAUUUGGUAGGCCGCAAGGGAGAAAAGACCUUGGCAAAUAUUGGGUUUGCAAAGCAAAUGGUGUCAAUGGGCCACCAAGCUUGCGGGGCUCUAGAACUUUGGAACUAUCCCACAUGGCUCAGGGAUGUUAUAGCACAUGACGUGGAUGGCCAUGAUAGGCCUGAUCAUGUGGACCUCCCAGCUCUUGAAGUUUAUAGGGACAGGGAGAGGAGUGUAGCAAGGUAUAAUGCAUUUCGUCGGGCCUUACUGAUGAUACCCAUUUCGAAAUGGGAAGAUCUGACUGAUGAUGAGGAAGCAAUUCGAGAACUUGAAGAAGUGUACGGUGAUGAUGUUGAAGAGCUUGACUUGCUUGUGGGCCUCAUGGCAGAGAAGAAGAUCACAGGGUUCGCCAUUAGCGAGACAGCUUUUGUAAUCUUCUUACUGAUGGCAACCAGGAGGCUGGAAGCGGAUAGGUUCUUCACAAGCAAUUUUAAUGAGGAGACGUACACGAAGAAGGGAUUUGAAUGGGUGAAUACAACAGAGAGCCUCAAAGAUGUGUUAGAGCGUCAUUAUCCAGAAUUGAUAAAGAAAUGGAUGAACUCUACGAGUGCUUUCACGGUCUGGGAUUCACCUCCAGAAUCUCACAAUCCAAUCCCAAUCUAUUUGCGGGUUCCCCAAUAAUUAAUGUAUAAAACUUAAUCAUGACUCAGUACUUAAUUGGGCUUUGGAGUUUGGAAUACCAUCAAGUUCUAGACGAAGUGAAAAUAUGUGUAAAUAUUGCGUCAAUAAGCGCCCGCAUGCGCACUACCUUUAUAAAUUUAUUGGCCAUAUUGAUCAAGUUGUACGUUCUUAAUAAGGCAGAUCAAGCUACUUGUCAUUCAUGUUGAUCUA